CGCCACAAAAGUCAUGGCUGAAAAUUAUUUUCUUCAACCGUAACAUUGGAGAUGUCUAUGAAGUGUCGCUAGUUAGCGACUGCAUUGUUGAACGCUUUUUAACACAAUUUUACUUCUCUUUUUUGCAUGUUGGAUGUAAAAUGUCUUUACUCAAACCAUUUAGUAAACUUCCUGGACUAAACACAGCCAACAUACUGGUAAGUGGUCCUGUAAGUAACGUUAGCCCUAGGUAGCUAGCUAGCAAACUUAACAAUUAAUUACCAACGAUUCUUAUCACUAAACCAAUUGUGACAUUACUGCUAUCCAGAUUAUUGAUACAUUUACAUGCACAGAAUUCAAUAUUUGUAUCUAUGUUUAGUUAGUUAGCUGAUACAUCAUAAUAACACCACUAACUCACCCGUUGUUACUCAAUUAAUGUGUUUCUUGUUUCAGCUGGUAGAGAAUGAAGAGCAAUUUCAGCAGAAGUUAGCUGACACUGUUGUGCUUCAUGAGAAGAAUGUCAACGUCAAUGUGUAAGUACUGAAUUGAGUUCCCAACUAGCGAGCUAGGUAGGGGUCUUGACUAGAUGGUAUACAACUACGGACAGAAGUGACUUUUCGUAGCGGGUUAGGGUUAGCUAAAAUGCUCUCCUAACCUGCUACGAAAAGUCACUCGACAGAAGUAGCUGUAUACCAUCUAGUCACAACCGUCUAACAUUGUCAUCUUCUUCUUUCUGUACCAGAAGGUUGGCUAGAAGCCUCCCACUACCCAUGGAAAACGAGGAGUCUCGGCCGCGGAUAGAUCUGGUGGUUUUCAUCAUUCACCUAACCUCAGAGCUCAGGUACAUUCACAUACAGACAAUAGGGACCAUCCAUAGGGAGAUGGACCCCAUGACUGAUGUGACUUUACUGGCCUCUUCUUCCAGUGGUAAUGCUACUGCUUUUCUCUCUCCUCAGCUUCCAGUCAGCAGAGACCUCCCUCAAGUAUUUAGACCCAGGUUACUUCCUGGGCAAAGUCUGCUUCCUGGUUACCAAUGGUAAGGAAAUGGACUCGCCUGUCUAUCCUUCUCCGUUAUACAUCUUUCAUCAACACUUAUCACAUUCUAUCAUCCUCUCAUUAUGUUUAAAGAGUGCUAUCUUCCUCUGUGUGUCUGUGGUGUGUCUGUGUCUCCUCCUCCAGCUCGUAAUGCAUCAGUGCCCCCUGAGCGACUGGUCUCUGUGAGGAAGCUGGCUGCAUCCCUCCACUGCCCCUUACUGUGUGCAGAGGAUCAGGUAUAAGUCAAUGCAUAGACGUGAUUGAUAGGUAAAACACUAUAUUAGUUUAUAUUUAGUCUAUUUCAUGAAACCUGUGUUAUGAAUAGACUGACAGGUAAUACAAACUCAUAUUAUCUUUUAGAAGUGUGUCAUUCUGUUAUUUUAUGAAGCUUUUGUUGUUGUUUUCCAUUCUUAUUUAUUUCCUCUAAUUUCCUUUUUUUCUCCACUCAGACGACAGAGGGGGUGACCACGGCAGCACACCGUUUACUGGCCAUUCUCAAGGUAGCGGCCGGUCUUGUCCCCAUGGCAACUGGUCUCUACCUGUCCACCUUCACCCGCUGCACUGUGCCCUCUGACAUUGAUCAGCAGAACUUUGAGUGAUCUUUAACCCAGUCCAGAACAUCACCACCUGGACCAGCCAAGACUGGUUGACCAGGUACUUACAUGGACUGUUACUUGUGCUCAAUAGCUAUUGCGGUCUCUAAAACAGAUAAAUGUAAGAGGUUUAUAUAGAGUGGACUGCGUGUCAUAUUGUUUUAAUUUUGUUUGUACAUACAGUAUGUUUACCAUGCACAUAGUACCUUUUUAAAUACAUAUUUUCUUGUUUUGUUCACAUUGUAAGCUUUUAGCCAUUUACAAAUAUAUCUGCUUUGAUCUAAUUUGUGAAGAAAGUGUCUGGUAUCUUAGUAAAUACAUUUGAGAUUACACACUAACCGUACUUUUUAGAAUGUCACUUGUUGCUGUGUCAAUAUACUGACACUAGGUGGAGUGCCUGCAGCCUGACGAAAGACAUUGGUUCAAUGCCUCGAAAGUGCUUUCUGGCUGCGCUAUAGAAACUUGUGAUAACAUGGUGAUGAAAUUGAACCAUGCAAUUGAUAUCCCCUUAUCUUUCAUUAUGUAGUGUUUCUUUGACCUAUGUGAGAAAUAAACGGCUUAGCUAGUAGAUACAAUCUUAAAGAUGCGUUAUAAAGGUUUUGUAUAAUUUCAGCCAGUAGUUUUGAAAGUAGUGCUCACAAGCCGAAACGGGUCCAUGAAAAUUGUGCACCAUUGUGUAUAACGUCAACCAUUUCGUAUGCAAAAUAAAUAUAACAUAUUUUGUACAAUGUUACACAUUUGUAAGUGCUUAAGAUCUUGUUAAACCUCUUUAAUUGUGAACCAGCUGUUUGAAGACUC